CGUUUUGAUACAAUUUUGUACCUGUGUUGUGGCCGGAAAAACGAAGCACGUAAUAUUUUGACAUUGAGCAAGUGUUACAUUUCGCCGUUGUGCGCCCUUUUAUUGGGGCAGCAAAGUACUCUGGCACCGGAACGCAGCUGUGGAGCGAGAUGAGUGAAGUCCGAACGCCACCAAAGACCGUUAACCACCGCCGAUCGUUGGGCAAGGGUUGUUCGUACGAUUCGUCCUCGGACGAGGAUGGCUGUUUAUCGCCGUUCAACGCGUCCCAGGACGGUGAGGCACCUUUCACGGGAGCCUCAGGCCUGCUCGAUGAGAUGCCACCGUUUACUGCCGAAUCUCUGUCACCAUCGGCCCGAUCGUUGUCGCCUAUCGAACGAGAAUCCUUCGAAUCGAGCAGCCCAACAUCGGGACAUGAGCAGUACAGCGGGUGCAGUACGCCGGUGGGGAAGGACACGGAGUCGGGCCGUCAACCGCCGGAAGCUGGAGGCUGGGUUACGCUGGACGAAUUACAUGCCCGCAUCGGAUUGACGCCACCCGAUUUGCACGCCUCCCGGACGCGCCUCAAUUUAGAAACCAUCUUUGAGGGCGUGUUUCUGGAGACUCCACCAAAGAAAGAGUUUCAAUCCGUGGGGAACCUGCUACGCCGGUCGAUCAAAAACAGGGCAAUACAGUUCGAAAAGGUAGACCAGAAGGAAUCCACGGCAAACUAGCGGCCAUGUGUUCCUAGCUGUUAGAUAGCUAGACGAUGAAUGAACGUCGGAAGGGUUGCCAAAAGAGAGACCAAGAGGAAAGCCGAAGCUGGGCUUCUUUUUAUUCCUAAUCUAAGCGUGUAAAAAGAAAUCGAAAAAUCGCACGAUGGGUAGUUUUAUUGCAAUCUAUAUUAGCCAUAAGUUCAACGGAUAUCGACAUUCGUGCCUUGAAUGAAUGCGAUUGCGCACUCAGCUGUUCCAUAAAUAUUACGUCCACUUUCGGAAUUAGGAAUU